AUGAUUCCUUCUCCAGUCCCAACCGAGUUACAAAAUUUGACGCAAGUAGAGGAAAUGUUGAUUGCUCGUGCUCUUCCUAUCAUGAGAGUUUACAUUAAGCCCGGUGGACAACGAGGUUACUCGGGUCAUUGUGUUAAUUUGCCACAAAAUGUUAAGGAACUUGCAUCAUCAUUGCCAAGAUAUCCAAAAGACUUGUCAGUGAUUAUUGUCAAGGUCAAAGGUAAAGAUAACUCAUUUAGAGAUGUUUCUGUGAGAAGAAAAAAAGUACAUAAUGCAUUAUUAUGGCUUGUGCAAAAUAAUCCUCAUUAUGCUGAAUUAGAAAUUAAUGAAGAUGCAUUAAACUGUUUACUAACCUGAGUAUCAGGCUCUAUUUUACAAAUAGAGCCUGACACAAAACUUAACCUGAUCGCUUUCCGCCCACAGCAAAGUUUAUAUUUAGUAUCCAAUCAAAAUGUCCCAGGAGAAAUUUAAAUUUCACACAAUGACAACAACAAUCUAAUUAUAGCAUAGGCAGCCCACUAAACGGCUGAAUUUAAAUUAAAACUGCAAUGAACUUAUAAAAUUAACAAAAAUAAUCACAAAUUAGCGAAUUAUAUUGCAAAUGUAGCUUAUAUUAAAUCGCCAUCCGAUUGCUCUCUCCUCCGCAGAGGUCUCAGUGACUACAAUGAGCUUUACAUGGCGCUUGCCGUAUUUAUCAACAAACUGACGUAUAAUUAUAAAGUAUAUAUAUAUACUUUAUAACUAUACGUCAGUCGAUAGUGCAAUCUGAUGGCGAUUUAAUAUAAGCUACAUUUGCAAUAUAUUUCGCUAAUUUGCGAUUAUUUUCUAAUUUUACUGCAGUUUUAAUUUAAAUUCAUCCGUUUAGUGGGCCGGCUAUAAUUGUAGUUGUGAUCGUUAUAAAAUAUAUCAACAACAAUAGUAUAAUCUAAUUAGCACCAGCCAAUCAAAUGACAGAUUUAAAAAUCGUUUGUCUAAUCGGCCAAUCAGCGCUCAGUCCAGAUUCUGGACUGAACAACCAGGCAAAAUGCCACUUUUGUGUCAGGCCGUACUUUUCUCCCCUUCGCCCACGAUCAGGCGUGCCUGUGCCCUAAAAAGUACGGCCUGAUACUCAGGUUAACUGUUUACCUGAAAAUGGCAUUCCAGCAGAUCUCAUGACUGUUGAGACUGAAAAUGAAAUAAUCUCAAAUGAUGAUGUUAUGUCAGAUUUAGGUCCACCCACUGAAAACCCUUCUGAAGAUAUAGUUUAUAACAACUCUACAGACAUGAAUAGUUUCUUGCCUGUCGGUGAACAGCAGGAACAAGAAAUAGAAGCAGUUAGAAAUCAGCUUUCUGCAAAUGAACCAAUGACAUGGCCCACUAUUGAAAGUGAACCAUUGAAUGAAUAUCAGAUAUCAUAUCUGGCCACUAUGGCUUUUCCAACAUUAUUUCCUGAUGGGAAAGGUGAUCCCACUAAUCAAAGUAUCUUGAGAAAUGUUCCUCUUCAAGAAAGAAUUAAGCAUCUUUUGAAAUUUGCUGAAUUUAUUGAUGGUAAAUGGGUAUACCGUUUUGCCAAUCACCCUAGAUUUUCAUACUGGGCAUUUAAUAUGAUUCACAGAAAGCGUAUUCUAGAACAAAGUGGAAUAUUCAUUAAACAAAAUCCAGGUGAAGCACACCUCACUAUUGAUGAGCUACGCGAAAUGGCUGCAAGUGACAACUCCACUUUACUGAUGUCCAAAGUGUCCAGAUACAUUGGCAAUAUUGCAGGUACUAAUGCUUACUGGAAUAAAGUGAGAGAGGAACUCAAAGCUAUAAUAACUAAUGUUGGAGCACCAACAUUGUUCUUUACUUUCUCAUCAGCAGAUAUGCACUGGCCUGAAUUGCAUGCUCUCUUUGGAGCAAACACUGGUAAUGCCACUAGUGAGGCAAGGAGACAAAAUGUUAUUAACAAUCCACAUAUAGUUGAUUGGUUCUUUACACAGAGACUAGAAAAGUUUGUAAAACACUGGCUUUAUGAUACACUUGGUGCAAAAUGGCACUGGUUUAGAUAUGAAUACCAAGGUAGAGGCAGUAUCCAUUGUCAUGGUACUGCAAAACUACAUAAUGACCCAGGCUUGUGUCAACUUACUCAGAUUGCUUUGAAAGGUUUCUUAGCUCAAAAAUUUAAAAAUGAAAAUGAUUGUUCUGACACAACUGAAUUGGACCAGGAUAUUGAAGCUGGUCAGAAAGCAGCUGACACAGUAUGUCAGUAUGUUGAUUGGUUAUUAUCAACCAUCAAUCCUAAUCCACCAGAUGAGGAUAUGUGGAUCAGACCUGAGGUUCAUCCAUGUCAAAAAAGUCAUCACGACAUUCUUGAACAUGAAAAACAAUCAGAUUAUGUAGAUCUAUUAAACAUGGUUCAACGACACACUCGUUGUAGUACAAGUUAUUGUCUUAGAAAGAAGUCAAAUGAAACAGAGUUGAAAUGUAGAUUUCACUUCCCUUUUGAUAUUUGUCCUAAGACAAAAUUAGAAUUUGAAAAAAUUCAUACCUCAGGUGAUAAUGAGCAUUAUCGAGCUAAGAUUGUGACUAAACGAAAUGACUCUAGAUUAAAUAACCAUCAACAACUUCAGCUACAGGAAUGGAGAGCUAACUGUGAUAUUCAAGUUGUUAUUGAUCACUAUGCUUGUGUUGAAUAUCUCACAAAAUAUGCAGCUAAAGGUGAGCCAAGAUCACCUAUAUUGAAACAGGCAUUCAAUUCUAUUGUGCAAAAUGUCGACAGUAAUACUGACCCUCAUAGAGUUAUUAAGAAGGUAGUUAUGAAAUCUCUUGGUGAAAGAGAUUAUGCAGCUCAAGAGACAAUGCAUCAUUUGUUGUCAUUAAAACUCCACAGCUCAUCCUUUAAAGUGAUGCCAGUUAGUCUAAAUGGUUCACGUAGAGUGCGUGAUACUGCAAGUAUUGACGAGGGUGAAUCAUGCACCGAUUAUUCACUUCUUGAUGUGUAUGCUAAUCGUGAACAAUAUGACA